UUUAAAACAAGAAAAUUUACUAUUGUUAAUAAUUUAAUACUAUAAAAAAAAAAAAUUAAGUCCGUCCCUGCAUAUAUACCUCAGAUGUGCUUUAAAAAUGAAUAAUAAUUAAAUUUAGAAAAAGUUUAUAUCUGUAUAUAUAUACAUUUAAAAAAAAAAAAAACUAUAAUGAAUUCAACUUUCUAACACAGGUCAUGGACAAGUAAUAACGGUACACACGGGUCUUACAAAAUUACUUUCACUAAUAAGUGUAUUCGAAAUUUCCGACCGUUGUAACGGUUAUGAAUUCGAAAAAGAUUAACUCCCUUCCCCACUCUGGAUGGUAUGCACUUUCCUUUCUUCAAAUCUAAUAAAACGACAACGGCAGGGACAAGCCGAGAAGGAACUCUUCAAUGGGCUGUGUAUCAUCCAAACACUACAGGAAAGAUCUCAAGCAAGAGAUUAGAUUCGGCAAUGGAGACUACACUACAAGCCAUGUGGUUUCUCUCACUUCAAGCACUUAUGGAGUCCUCCAACUUGACAAACCAGAACAAUCACAAUCCGGCAAAGAGUGUGUGAUGGAGACGAAGAGAUCGUCGUCCGUUCGCGGGGAAGAAGCUCAGGUCAUCAUCAAUGCCUGGGAGCUCAUGGAAGGUCUCGAAGAGGGACUAGACCUGAUUCCGAUUCCUGUUCAGGUGAAGAAAAGCCCCAAAUCGAGACUUUUUCUUCAUGGGUUUGCAGAUAUUGACACCAGAAGAAGCCCAUUAAAGUUCUUGAACCAGAUGGGUGGUUCACCGAGGAAGAAGACGAAGAAAUUUGGAGGGAAAGAGAACAAGGGACGAGUCUUUGGCCACUACAGCCCAAAAAGGAUUCUGAACUUGAAGAUAUCGGUGAAAGGGUCUGCUAUUGAUACUAAUUCGCCGCGGAGUAGUACUUCGGGUCCCCUGUUUGAUCCAGAGCUUGUUGCAUCUCUCGAGAAAGAAAUGUCUGAAGGGGAGGAACAGAUCAAGAAAAUGGUUUCAACCACACCAAUGACCCAAAAAUCCAGAAUUUCCCGAGAUUGUUCCGAGUCCAUGCUCUCGUCUUUUGAGAAAAAAUGCCCGCCUGGAGGUGAAAAUGCGGUGGUGAUCUACACCACCACAUUGCGGGGGAUUAGGAAAACCUUUGAGGAAUGCAACAGUGCCCGAUCGAUCAUCGGAUCACACUACAUUCAAGUGUUUGAGCGGGAUGUGUCGAUGGACUCGGGGUUUAGGGAGGAACUGAGGGGACUAAUGGGGACAAAAGAGGUGAAAGUGCCCCUUGUGUUUGUGAAGGGAAGGCUGAUAGGUGGAGCUGAUGAAGUGGUGAGGUUGGAGGAGGAGGGCAAAUUGGGAAUUCUGUUCCGGGGCAUUCCGAGGGCACUCACCAGAGGCUGCGAAGGAUGUGCAGGUGUCCGGUUUGUGAUGUGCAUGGACUGCAGUGGGAGCUGUAAGGUUUUGGAUGAGGAUGGGAAGAACACAGUGAGGUGUGGUGAGUGCAAUGAGAAUGGGUUGAUUCAAUGCCCCAUAUGUUGCUGAUUCUCUGUUCACUUCUUUUGUGGACUGUGCGAGUGUGCGUGUGUGUCUUGUGAGGGCCGUGAGAAUAUGAGUUGGUUCAAUGCCCUGUUUGUUGUUAAUUAUAAGUUAACUUGUGUGGACUGUUGUGGUAUGGAGAGGGCAACCACAAUAUUCAAUGCCCUAUAUGUUUGUGCUGUGAGACUGACUAGGGAGAUUUGUUUGUGCCCCAUUAUUUUUGGUUGUGUCUCCUGUGGAGAUAGAACUAUCAGGGACUUUCUAUAUGGAAAGUGAUUCUAAUUGUAUCAAUUGCAGGCUUUUAUUUUCUACUAUUGCUUGUUUUCAUUUUAUUCUAUUUAAUUUCAAUGGCUAAAAAAAAAACGAAAAGAAAAAGGAAACACUUGAAACUCGAAUCACUUGGAGCUGGAAUGGAAAUUAGUCUUAAUAAUCCAUUUCCCACCUUUUAUUGGCCCUCACAGUCACAGGUAGGUAUUAUUACUUCACAUUUCUCAUAAUAAUUUUAGCAUUUCAAGGUUCAAACUUGUUCGUAUAUAAGUAAUAUUUUUUUUUGGGGGUGUAAAUUUGGAGGUCAGGUACAGAUAUAUCUAGGGUUCCUUAACCUUUUUGUUCUCUGUUUUAUUUUUAUUUUUAAUUUUCUUUAUUAUAUAUGAUUGGUGUUUUUCUUGUUACAGUUCAGUUGCAUGUAAAAAUUAGGGUUUUGUAUGACUCAUUUGCUUUCAGUAUGUCGCAAGUCACAACCAUGCAUAUAUAGACAUGUA